AUGUCGUCAGAAGACAAGCAAUACCUGCAGAACGAUUAUCAACGCCGGUGGGAAAUGUUGCAAAAUCGAGUAGUCACACCGAUGGCAGAUAGUAGCCGGCAAAGUUUUUCUAUCGAGCAGACAACCGGGAGUUUUGUUACAUCGAUAGUACGCGUGCCGCCAGCAGCAGCAGCCGCACCAUAUUGUCAGCAACAGACGAUCAGCGUUCCCGAGCAGAAGAAAACCUUCGAACAGGCGUACAAGGAGGUGAUUGAAAAGCAGUUUGGCAAUCAGAUCAAACGGGAAGCAGUUGCACGUCCCAAAGUGGUGACAGAACCGAUACCAUCCACCUCUAACGUACAGGAAGGAUACAUAACAACGGUUUACAACAUUACACCACGUGAACUUCCGACACCGUCGCGUAUAACCACCAGCGAUGGACCGAAACGCUCGCUCGUGAUUCCUGUACUGUCCUCCACCACGAGCAAACCAGCAAUGGAAGGAAUUAAGUAUCAAAAGGCACACUCGAACGCUUACGCCAAACAGUUGCUGGAUAUUACGAAGAACAGCUUGCACAAGGUAGAGAUGGCCUUUACAACGACAGAACCGAAACAUUCGAGCCCUCGAACAGCGGUUUACGGCCAGCAAGAACAAGCAACAAGCAAUCGAACAGCGCACGACAAGACAACUGCUGCAGCCGUGCAGAAAUCACUUUUGCGUACCGAUUCUAACAGAACGCAACAGGAAAUUACGCGCCGUCUACAGAGCCAAGAGCGCCGGAGCGCACCGAUUCCUUCGCUGAAAACGUUUGCUCAAAAUGGUGAACCCAUUUUGGUAUCGAAGCAUCGCUCAAACGUAAUGCUUUCGAUCAUCAAACCAUCCGUUACAUCGCCAGCUCCGACGCACGUGUACGGUGCGCCGGAUAUUAGUGUGCCCGGGCACAGGAACCAGCACAUUUUCUACAAUGUACAGGAUCUUACCGAAGGUCGUCGAUUGCUGAAUAUGGUAAAAGUUGCUUCAAGAUCUCCUAACGAACCGCCGCCAGCGCAUCGAAUAGUGGCGGAACCAUCGAAAUGCACGUACGUUGCAGAGUCUAAUCCCACGCCAAGUAUUAUCCCGCAACCGGUAAACCAUGAGCAGAUUCAGGAUGAAGCGCUAAAUUUAGACACAAAACACGACACAACGGCCGGUAACGGUGGCAGUAAGAUCGUGACGGAGAAGCAAUCAGCUCCAUCAGCUUUAGCGACUGCAUCUACAUCAAGUGUGGUACCAAGUCAGAAAACAACUGUCCUACUGAAUCCGAUUCUGAGCAAGAAAGAGAGUCCGACUAUAGUACAAAAUAUCGUUCCUGUGCCAUCGGCUUCUACCGUAUGGGAACAACUCCAAAGGUACAACUUAUUGCUGGCAAAUGCACGCAAAAUGCUCGAAACAAACCAGGUUCCGCCGGCAACCGUUCCACCAGCCGAACAACCGAAACAACAGGACGAAAUCCCAACAGAACGUUCUGAACCUACCGACGUCCUGCUCCCUGUUGCUGCUAGUACUCCUUCCCCGACAGUAGCAGCAGCUCCUCCGCUGAUAAGGUUUGAUUAUGAAAAAAUGUUUCUACAAACACUGCAUGCGAUAAAGCGCAAGAGCUCAGCCCAGGAACAGCAUCCGGUCAAGAAACGGCGCUCGUAUCCGAGAAAACAGCGCCCGCUGGAAGCAUUCGUGCAGAAUGGUCCAUGCUACAAGGUUGCCUCCCGGUUACCGCGCUGCCGCGAAUGUGGCCGUUCGGCUUCGGUACGGUCCAAAAAUGCGUCCACCAUUUUCUGUCGCUUUUUCGCGUUCCGGAAGCUAAAAUACAACAUGCUGGGGCAGCUGGAAGUGUUUGGCUUUGCUGAUCCCUUUCUGGAUGCGAAAGAUACAGAUACAGAUCUAUGGAGCGCUAAUUUGAAGCAGGUGCCUGCCGAUCUGUCGGUGGAAAAAUCGAAGUUCCUGCUCGGCCAAGUGGGGUACAAGUUUUGUGAACUGUUCCACCAGGAGAAGGAAGCAUACUUUGAGCAUAUGGCUGAAGAUAAAACCAUCGCCUGGAAACAGGCAGUGCACGGUGUGCGGGAAAUGUGCGAUGUGUGUCAGACGACACUGUUUAACCAUCAUUGGGUUUGUAAGACGUGUGGUUUUGUCGUGUGUAUUGACUGUUACAAGUGUCGCAAAAAUGGUAUCAUUACUGUGGAAUCGACAACCAAAGAUAAGGAUACGAACGGUUGGUUGCUGUGCAGUGCGACAAAGGAACCACACGACCAGACACAGCUCAUGCUGACGCAAAUCAUUCCCAGCAAGUGUCUGUACAAGCUGAUCCGUCAAAUGCACGGUAUCUGCGCACUGCUUGAAAUUCCACUGAACUGUGAGUGUCCGUUGAGCCAGGAGCCACUGUUUAGAAAAUUCAAAGACCAGCUAGAAUUCAUCUACCCACUCGCGGGUUCUGAACCGACAUCCGGUGGGGAAGUUUCGGUCACUAUAAAGCAAGUCGAACAGGUGAGAAGUUUAGACAGCGCGGCCGGCAGCGAUAUUGAUCCAAUCCAGUGUCGGAUCGUAUUCACGCAGCAGUGCAAAGAAAAUAAGGAAAAGGCGGGCUUUGAGGUACAAGCAGGAGGUACAAGCAAAGAAAAGCAAAGCUACAGUUUCGAUGGAUUUGUCCGCGAGAUUCACACCGAUGGGGACCAUUUCGAUGAUCGAUUGUACAAGAUUCCAGCGACCGUUUCAAAACCGACUGUGGCGCAGACGGAUAUGAAGCAAGAGCUAUCUGAUAAGGAGGAAGACAAAAUGGCUCUCGACUGUAAUGCACCAGAAGAAGGCGAUAUCAAGCUUGCCACCAUUGCGAAUCAAGAAAUCCCAACUAAUGGAGUGGAAAAUGGAAAUGGUGAAGAAAAGCACACCAAUCCCAGUGCAGAAGAAACUUCCUUCACAAACGGAAUCAAAACGCAACCGGAAGUUGAAGCUCCAAAUUUGGAACCAGCAAUUAAAAACGGCGAAUCCGGUGAGGAAGAUGCAUCAGAAACGAAAACCAUUUCCUCCGAGCAACAAAACAACAAAUCAAAAGAAACAAUGCACAUGUCCAUUCCUGUCGUUCCUUACAGUGAGAAGCAUCGAUUUAAACCAUCGCCUCCGGUGGACACAACCACAUUCGCCAUGAUACUCAAGCAGAUGGUGAAGGCGGAAAAAAGCAUUUUCGAAUUGCUUCAACCGCUUAUGAGCGGUCAUCCGGGACUGUUGAACGAUUUUUCCGAAUGUAUCACCAUACAGCGUGAGCGAGUGCACCAUUUCGUGGACGACUUCCUGAAGGAGUUUAUCUACCUCCAAGGACAGUACAGCACCGACGAUCUCACGAAUGAACGGAGCAUUGUGGAGUACAUUCGUAGCAUGAGGGAUGAGGGUGGAUCGCGCUAUAGGAACAAGGCCGAGAGGAAGAUGAAUUUGAACGACUCGAAAACAGUGUACACCGACGUUGCCCACCAGUGGCUGUGCAAUGGGAAACUGUUACGUUUGCUCGAUCCGCUCGACGUGCACAACUAUCGCAUCUUUCACGAGCAAUGGGAACGGGGCCAACCCGUAAUGGUAUCGGCCGUGUCGAGCAAGAUGGAUAUGGACCUCUGGAUGCCGGCCUCGUUUGGGCGUGAUUUCGGUGAGCAAAUGAAUGAUCUGAUCAACUGUCUUAAUGGCAAGAUCGUACGGGGACAUCCGAUGAAGGUGUUUUGGGACGGGUUUGAAGAGAUUAGCGAGCGGUUAAUUGACGAGCGCGAACGACCGAUGAUGUUGAAGCUGAAAGAUUGGCCUCCGGGGGAUGAUUUCGCGGAAAUGAUGCCAACCAGAUUUUACGAUCUCAUGAAAUCGCUCCCAUUGGCGGAGUACACACGCCGGGAGGGUCGUUUGAAUUUGGCCAGCCGGUUAAGCAGCUUCUUCGUGCGGCCCGAUCUCGGUCCAAAGAUGUACAGUGCGUACGGGUCGGCAUUGCAUCCGAGCAAAGGCACUACCAACCUGCAUCUGGACAUUUCCGACGCGGUCAACGUGAUGGUGUACGUAGGCAUCCCGAAGGACGUACGGAGCAAGGGCUACAACGAGCGAAUAGUAGAGCUGAUCGAUUCGGAAGAUUGCGAUUAUCUGACGCGGCAACGUGUCCGAGAGCGUAAAGAGUUGCCGGGCGCCCUCUGGCACAUCUAUCACGCACAGGAUGCGGAUAAGAUUCGUGCCCUGCUGAACAAGAUAGAGCUCGAACGGGGUGGUACGAUCAAACCGAAUCACGAUCCAAUCCACGACCAGAAGUGGUACCUCGACCGGAACAUGCGCAAACGGUUGCAGCAGGAGUACCGGGUGGAGGGGUACGCGAUUGUGCAGUGUUCCGGCGAUGCCAUAUUCAUACCGGCCGGGGCACCGCAUCAGGUGCGCAACCUACACAACUGUAUCAAGGUGGCGGAAGAUUUCGUAUCGCCAGAAAACGUGUCCCACUGCUUGAAGCUAACGAACGAGUUCCGCCAUCUGAGCCGAACGCACUCGAACCACGAGGAUAAGCUACAGAUUAAGAACAUUAUCUAUCACACGGUAAAGGAUGCGGUGUCGUGCAUAACGAAUCCACUCAUUAUGAUGACGCAGCCACAAACGGGACCGCAGCCAGCCAAAAAAUGA